UCUCUAACUAAAAAAAAUGAGCCCCAAUUUUCUUUUCUCAUUUCCCUUCUCAAUACCCCAAAACCGAAAUCCCCAUUUCUCAGCAGAGGUGUGUUUGGAUUUCCCCAAAUCCUCAUUUCUCUCAUUUUCCCAAAUCCUUAAAACUCAUUUUCCCCCAAAUUACUUUGCUGCCUCAUGCACGCCGCUGGAUGCUCACCCCGCCUGUGAAGGUUCUCUCCCCUUCAUCUCUCUAAGAUCUUGAGAAGGUCGCUCGCCCACUACAGCUUCAAGAAGCAGCGGUUGUUUGAGCCAUUUUUAGUCACCGACCUAAUCUCUACUCCUCAAUCUGAUCCCCAAACAUGUCGUUACCAAACUCAUCGGACUCUCAUCUUGGACCGCUCACCAUCUCAACUCAUCCAGCUUAACAGGCUUUCCGAUUCUGAUUCUGGAAUCAUUGAGCUGACUUUGAACAGACCUGAGAGGAGAAAUACCAUUGGGAGGGAUUUUCUGAGAGGGUUUAUAGAGUCUCUUGAAGCUGUCAGUAAGGAUUCCUCUGCUAAUGUGGUUUUGAUUCGUAGUUUGGUUCCGAAGGUUUUUUCUGCUGGUAAUGAUUUGAAGGCACACCCCCAUGCAAAUUGUUCAUAUUAUUUGCAAUUUCAUGAGAAUAUGGUCAAUUUAUUCUCUGUACCAAUACUUGUCUCACACAGGUGCUUCUGUUGUUCUUUUUCUCUUCACUUGUCUGGUCCCAUCAUCCAUCCUAUUUCUUGUUUUGCAAAAGCCUUGGAAGGGUAGACCGCUCUCAAAUACACAGGUAGUACCGUCUAUAAUAAAUGGUGGCAUAAUGGCUUUAUACUUCGUUUUAUGGGGAAAAGGUCUUAAAUCUUUUGGACCUCUUAGAGCUAUACUAGCAGAGUAUGUUGGUGUUGUCCUUGGAGUAUUGUCUACACUGCUAUAUGGGAGGAGAGGACAUGUUUGGAAAAAGAUUGGUAGGCUUAUUGCAAUGGUGACGUCUUUCUACUUCUUAUCUCAAGGAUGGGCCAUGGAAAUAUAUUCUCCAUUCUAUAUCCUCUGUUUGAUGUCUUGUACUUUUGGAAUUAAUCAAGUUCUUUUAUAAGGCUCAAGAAAUGAAAUAGUCAAGCUAAUUGUGUUUUAUAGUCAAGUAUCCUCUUAACUUUCUCCUCUCCUUUUAUUUUGAUUAAAUAAUUGUCCCUUUUUGUGUAUGGUGUUGAGAACUUAACUUUAAUUUACCAUUCAAAGAUGGUCCUAAUCCCGAGAUUGAGACUGAAGAAGUUUUGGGCAUGGCAGCAAUGACUGUUCCAAUAUGUGCCGGAAUCUUAUCAGCGCUGAGAUGGGUGAUUGAAUGGCGUGUUUCACUUAAGGUGUUGAUACAUGGCUGUCUUCAUAUUUAUACAUAGCUUAAGUUGAUAGUUUCUAGUUAUCCACUCAAAUAUACUUGAAAGACACAUGGGUGAUGUUUCCUUUGAACAGGACCAAAGAGAGAAAAUGCACAAGUUUAUUAGUUUCAUAAAGCUUCUAUUUCUCCACAAAGCAACAAAGCUUUGUUUAUAUUCCCAUCUGAGUAAUGAUUAGCAGAAUUAGUAUGUAUUGCUGCUAAAUCUGUACAUUUUGUUUGCCAUGGUUAUUAUUAGUAUGUUCUCUAUUAUUAAAAAAUUAAAAAUCUUCAUAUGAGGGCUCUUGCCAAUUUGGUGAGACUGCUUUAUGAACUGAAAAAAUAUCAAUACCUCAUUAUAAGCACUACUUGCAACUUUUGAGGCUUAGAAUAUACUUGAAAGAUAUCUUUGUGAUAUUACAGCUAUACUUAUACUAGAGAAAGUAGAUUCAUAUUGUUGUAUGCAUAAUUUUAUGAAAUAUAUGAAUAUUGCAUCUGGUCUGGGAUUUCUUUUUCUUCUGUUGUUAUAGAUUAUGCCUUUUAGAUGUGUAUAUAUAUUUAGGAAAUAUGAAUAUUGCACAUGCUCUUGUAUUGCUAAUAUGCUUUAUUCAUUAGAUUUUUGUUUUAUGAAGUAUUCAUGGUUCCAUAUUGUUAGUUAAUAUUGUUAGUCAUGGGUUUAUGUUAAUUAGUUACUGCUAUUAUUUUGUUAGUUGUUCUGUAUUUUAGUAACUAACUUCUCUUGCCUUACUCUUGGCUCUCGCUGUACAUCUCUACAAUGUAUAAAUAAAAGUCCUUUAGCUCUUUUGAUCAUAUUGAUCAAGAGCUUCUUUCUCUAGUUACUUUCUAAACAUUCACACACUAGUUUUUGUGAUUUUUUUUCUCUUUUUUCAUGUGUUUCGGGUAUUUUUUCUUAAUAUGAAUACUGGAUAUGCUUUGAGAUAUAUACAUAUAUAUACAUAUUUUUUCUUUUUAAGGAUCAUGGGUAGUUAAUACUUAAAAGGGUAUGUAUCUUAUGGUUUUUCUCUUUUUUAAUUUAUGGAUUAUGGACGCUUUUUAUUUAUUUAUUCGAACCUAGUCUAUUCUUGU